ACGCAUGCGCUCACCAAUAAAAGCAAUCGGUGGGAGGGGAGCAUAAAAAUAUCCACAGGCAACUUGGUCCGAAUUAUACCAAUUUUUCCUCAAUCAAACAUGCGAUCAGACUAGAUUCCCGGCAUGGCGAGCGCCCACGGGUCUGUCCGGGAGCUUCACGAGCUGUCCGCCGAGGAGGAAGAACAGUUCACGAAGCUGUUCAAGCGGCUGGACGCGAGCGGGGACGGGCGGAUCGACUUCGAGGAGCUCCGAGAGGGACUGAAGAAGCUCGGCGUGCACAGCGAUCAGGCCGAGAAACACGCACAGGAGAUUCUCAAGAAGAGUGACAAAGAUGAUGAUGAGGAGAUCGAGUUUGCAGAGUUUGUGAAGUACAUGUCAGAACACCAGCGUAAACUCAAGCUUACCUUUGACAAACUGGACAAGAACAAUGAUGGACGUAUAGAUACAGAGGAAAUCAUAGAAGCCCUGCGAGGGUUGGGAGUGCACAUCGACAAGUCAGAAGCCAACAAGAUUAUGAAAAGUUUUACUUUGCGUUUGCGGACUUUUCUCGCUCAGGGGACCUCCGUCUUUGGUGCUUGCAGAUGCAUGGACAAGGAUGGCACCCUGACAGUAGACUGGGACGAGUGGAGAGAGUACCUCCUGCUGCACCCCAGCGCGGAUCUGAAGGACAUCGUCAAGUACUGGAGACAUACUGUGUCCAUUGACAUCGGAGAGAACCUGUGUGUACCAGAUGAGUUUACGGAGGAGGAGAAGGUGACCGGGAUGUGGUGGAGACAGCUGGUGGCAGGCGGUACAGCCGGCGCCGUGUCCAGAACCUGCACCGCCCCGCUGGACAGACUCAAGGUCUUACUACAGGUGCAUGGAGCAAACGUGGCGAGAGGAGGUAUUGCGGGUAGCUUCAAACAGAUGCUGAAGGAAGGUGGUGUGAAGGGGCUGUGGCGGGGAAACGGCAUGAACGUUCUCAAGAUCGCGCCGGAGAGCGCCAUCAAGUUCAUGGCGUAUGAACGGCUGAAGAAGCUGUUCACCAGAGAGGGCCAUUCUCUGGGUGUGGUGGAGAGGUUCUGCUCCGGCUCCCUGGCUGGGAUGAUCUCACAAACUUCCAUCUAUCCUAUGGAGGUGCUGAAAACACGUCUUGCGAUUCGCAAGACGGGGGAGUACUCAGGGAUGUGGGACUGCGCGGUCAAGAUCUACCAACGGGAGGGUCUUCGGGCGUUUUACAAGGGAUACAUCCCCAAUAUACUAGGGGUUCUACCUUAUGCUGGAAUAGACUUGUGUAUAUAUGAGACAUUAAAGAUUAUGUGGGUCCAACAUUCGGAGAGAUGGCAGAGGAGAAACGAUCCGCAGGAAACAGAUGAUGAGAAAGAGGACGGGACCCUGAAGAACAUGUACCUUGCCAAGAACAAGAGCCAGCCCAACCCGGGUGUGAUGGUGCUGCUGGCAUGUGGAACCAUCUCCAGCACCUGCGGACAGCUGGCCAGCUACCCACUCGCUCUCAUCCGCACCAGGCUGCAGGCGCAAACCACCCCCAUCCCAGGCAGGGACACCAUGGUUGGUUUGUUCCAAGGUAUAAUAAAGGACGAGGGACUGCGGGGACUGUACCGAGGCAUCGCUCCCAACUUCAUGAAGGUGGCGCCGGCCGUCAGCAUCAGCUAUGUAGUGUACGAGAAAACACGCUCAGCGCUGGGGGUGGGAGCUAAAUAAGCUUAGGGUUUCAGCAAUCGUCAGAGCAAGUUUAGGAAGCAACUGUCAGCAUUAGCCUAGUAACCAUACCAUUAGCUACGUUGUGUACAAAAACACGCUCAGUACUGGGGGUUAGGGCCAAAUAGGGUUUCAUCGAUGGUCAGAAGCAAGUUUGUGAAGCAAAUGUCAGCAUUAGCCUGGUAACCAUACUAUCAUGAGCUCACAGCUACCACAACAUAACCAUAACAUUGAUAGCCGGAGUUUCGGCCUCCUUAGUGACUG